CAGUUAAAAAAAGCAAAAGAGAAAAACAAAUUAUCAAACACCAUACCAUAUACAUUUUUCAUUUUUGUUGAUUUCAUCACUAUAUCGUUAUAAAUACUCAGUAAAAUUAUUAAUUAUUAUUAAAAAAAACAUUAUCACUUUACUAUAAAUAUAAUUUCUAUGUAGUAGGUACCGGUACUACAAAUAAAAAACUCAGUUUUCACUUUUUCAGCCGGUCAACUCCAACAACCAUGGGCGAUGAGGAUGUGAUACGUAGAAGACUUCUAAUUGACGGUGACGGGACAGGCGACGAUCGUAGGCUGAAUGUUUUAUUAAAAACAUUCAUUAAAUGGUGUGCAGAUGAAAAGAUUGAAGAGAGCAAAGCAACACACGACAGAAUGCUGGCUCAACUAGCACAAUGUGAAUUCGCCGUCACAAAAUCGCAGUUGGGCUCCGAAAUGAUGGCAGCCGAGCUCAAAAGUUACGAAGCCUUGUCCAAAAUACUAGAAAACGGGAUAGAGUCUGCCAAAGGGAACAUAGAAAAGAGUAAAGCUGAUUUCGCUCAAGCGAAAACUGUAAGGAAGAAUCGCAUAGAAUACGACGUUCUCGCUAAAGUUAUAAGUGAACAGCCGGAUAGAAAAGAGACAUUAGAGCGACUGAGCUUAUUAAAAACUGAGCUCAAUAGUUUAGAAGCAACGAAACAACAACUCGAAAGUCGUUUAUCACUAAGAAAAAAGCAAUUUCAUGUGUUGGUGACAUCAAUACAUCAGUUGCAAGCUCUGUUGGAUGAACCUGAUGAUGCAGAGGGUGUUGAUGAUGAUGUGGAAAUGAAAUAAUAAGUGUAGGUUAAGGCAUAGUGUAUUUUUAAUAAGUUUUUUAUGAAAUAUAACGAAAUUAAUCUGCAA